ACAAAACUUUAAGCUACCCCAAUUGAACCUUUCCCCCCUUAAUUCUUCUCAUAUCAAGAACCAAAAUGGCUCUGAAGAAAUCAAGCAAACACUUUACUCAAACUGCAGCCUUCAAACAAAUUAUGAAAAGGCCGUGUUCAAGCUUUGGAAAGAAUGAGAAUGGAUAUCCUCAAGAUGUACCAAAAGGCCACUUUGUUGUAUAUGUGGGUGAAAAUAGAAGCAGAUAUAUAAUUCCCAUUUCUUGGUUGACAAAUCCUGAAUUUCAAAAUUUGCUUCAAACGGCUGAAGAAGAAUUUGGAUUCAAUCAUGAUAUGGGACUUACUAUCCCUUGUGAUGAAGACGAUUUUUGCUCCCUAAUAUCAAUGUUCAGAUAAAAAAAUUGAAAGACUUGAGUUGAUCAUCUUUUCUUAUAUAUUUUUUACUAGGAAAUUAUCAGUGAGCCGCCACUGAAGAGAUGAAAAGUAAGACUGCAUACAAAAGACAUAAUGUGAUCCAAUCCUUCUCUAGAGUCUGGAUUACGCGCACAACAUAAGCUUAUAGUGCCGAGCUGGCCCUUCUGGAUCACUUGCACAACAAAAGUUUAGUGCGCCGAGCUGGCCUUUAAUUAAUAAGACACUACUGAAGAUGAUGAUGACCAAGCUUGGUUGAGCAACUAAGUUAGGCCAUUAAGUGGAUAGUUAAAUUUAAUAAAUCAGAAAGAAACCCCAUCUAAUUACUCUUUAGGGGGUGAGUUUGUACAAUUAGAAGUACUUAAUAUUUUGAUAAGUGGUGUUAAAUUUGCACCCGUUUAAAAAUUCUUGGUGUUACUGUUCAUGAGCAAAAAGAGAUAUUUCACAAAUACUUUUUAUGCAACUGUC